AUGCAGCUCUCUGUGCUCUUUAGUGCGUUUGUAUCUUUCGCCAUCCUUGCUGCAGCGUCACCCACGCAAGGAGCCAUCUCGAAACGUUCCUCUAAGCGAGAGAACCUUGACAUCAACUUUCAACGUGAUCUCCUUGAAGAGAGUGAGAAGCGCGCGGAGCUCGAGGCCAACCUUGUGGGAUAUAUUGAUUACGGCGGAGGAAGCGGCCCUUCUGAAGCAAAUGAGAAGCGCGAGGAGCUCGAGGCCAACCUCGUGGGAUAUGUUGAUUACGGCGGAGGAGGCAUUUCUGAAGCAACUGAGAAGCGCGAGGAUGAGGAAGAUUAUGCACCUGCUACCUAG